AUGGAUACAGGCGUCUCUACUCUAUUUGAUAAGAUUGUCUUUCAGGCGACGAGGGAUAUUUUUCUUACGACUCAGUAUGGCGCCGGCGUCGUUCAUGACUCAAUAUUGAAACUGUUGUCGUACGGGGUGUAUGAGUCAACCUCGAUGUCCCAUGAAUGGUUUCCCGAUCUAUUUGAGCCUUCAGUUACUCGAACUGAAGCUGUGGAGCUUCUGGAAGGAGUGGCGACGAGCAUAGGACAAACUAUGCUUGAAGAUGUCCAUAAAAUCCACAUCAAUGACAACCAUGAAAGCCCGGAAGAACCAAAAGCCGUAACCAUUCUGAACGACAUCAAUGGCAGUAUUGCGAGAAACGAGAUUGACAACUCAUCGGUGUACGCAGUUUAUCUACCAUUUCCAGCGGCACACAUGCUUAUGGAGAAACUACAAAAGACCCUGGAACUCGCCUGUUAUCAGUUUGGUUUAAGAGCUCUUCCAAGCCUCAUGCGGAAACAAGGCUGGGAUUGCCCUGAAGCGGGGGAGCUUAACAAAUGGACAAAGGUUUUCGGACGCACGGAAAGUGUGGUUUGGGAAGGGAGUGGUAAGCCAUCAAAAGAACUGUUGCGAUCUAUUGCGGCAAUCAGACAUGCCACUGUUCAUCGUCAACGUACCAAUUCGACGGAACUUGAACGGUUUCUCGCUGACGCAGAAACUCUUACUGGAGUCCUGGGAGAGAAGGAGUUUACACAGGCCAUCUCGCAACUACGGAUGGAUACCCAGGAGACUCUGGCAGAGCUUAUACGGAACAAGGAGAUGAGCCAGACGAAACUGGAAAGGGCUCAAGAAGAAAUUGCGAGACAUCGCGCUGAACUGGAUCAGAGGGAACAGGAGAUUCUGCGUCAUGCGGAGAGCGAGGAUAGAAAGUAUCGUGACCUAGCAGGAGAAAGGCUGAAAGGAGUCCUGGGUCUUGUGAUGGACGUCAAAGUGGUCUCGCAUGGUCAAGCUGCAGUGCUGGCAAACGGCGAUGAUGUCGAGGACUACCUUAUUUCUGAUGAUGACAGCGACUCCGAUCAUAACGAGCAAUUUGAAGACUGUAGUGAGGCAUGGUUUUAUUGA